AUGAACCGUCUCUCUCGAAGGGAUGGUCUGUUAAUUCUCAUUGGAGCCUCUUGUCUCUAUACCUUUUCCACCAUCAUCGACUAUGCCGUCCCUCCCUCAUUCUCAGCUGUUCACGUCGACACUACCCCUAACAUCGUCGACCUUGGUCUUCACCAAUAUCCUCCUGAAACCUCCCUCAUUGCACACGCUCCAGGCUGGACCUUAUUCAAUCAUCUUUACAUGUCAAAUGGCACUUUCUUCAUUCUUUCAUCCGAGCCACAAUCCUCCUUUCCCCAAAUUCGCAUGAUGAUCAGCACAGGCUUACCAGCUGAGAAUACCCCGGAAAAUAUCGCUCAGCGCGAACCUACCUCACAGGAGAUGCAGUUUAUUACACCGGACGAGGCUAAACGACGCUGGGGAGGCAAUAUCACUCACGGUGAGAGAAAUCGCAUCUCAACCGUUGAAGGAAACACUCUCCUUGUAAACGAGCCGAAGCAAUUUCUCGAUCAUUACUACCACUUUGUUGCUGAACUACUUUUUGGUGCACGAGCAUUCCUAUACGGCGCGUUCAACCCAUCUUCGACCGCCUUUGUCUCAAGCCCGUUCCACGCUGAUCAAUCUUUACCUUCCUUCAACAUGCGACCUUCCAAGUACGAGCCACCUUCCUUUACUCGUCUCAUGCUUCUUCACGCUUCGUCAGAGGAGUGGAGGGAUAAACCGGGCUUCAACGCUUAUUUCCUCCGCGCUAUCUUCCCUUCGCUCGCUCUCGAGUCUGCUGAAGACUGGGCUGAUCUAGUGGCGUCCACUGUGCCAACUCCUGACGGCACAUCAACAAAAGCAUGGCAUUUUCCUGUUGCUCUUCUGGCUGAUCGAAGCGCAGCUCACAGAGGAGAAGCCUGUGGUUCCAGGACUCAGCGAAUAGCGGCGGAACCUUGGGAAUUAAUGCUCCGGCUAGGCGCCAUCGAUUCGGCCGGCCAUUGGUGGAGCCAUGUGCGAGAAUCAAUCACAAGAUUCGCUACAGGGAAGGUUCCCCUCAAGGAAAGCAUCACCGAUGAUACUUCGGGCAGGCCCCCGCAGUUACCUCUCCCAGAGACCGUGGUCAUCACGUAUAUCAAUCGACAGGGUGUACGACGACAUCUCGAUGAAGCUAACCACGAGGCCUUGGUUGCAGCUCUUCAAGGUAUGGUUAACCGCAAACGGGACGAGGAAGGGAAGGUUUGGGAGUUGAACAUAGUGCAGGCCGAAACCAUUACGAAAGACGAGCAAAUCAGCAUAGCAUCUAGGUCUACGAUUUUGCUUGGCGUGCAUGGGAAUGGGUUGACACAUCUGGUCCUUAUGCAGUCUUCCCGCCUAUCGGCAGUCAUUGAGAUAUUUUACCCUGGAGGGUUUGCCCGUGACUAUGAGUGGACGGCAAGAGCAUUAGGGAUGCGGCACUUUUCGGUGUGGAACGAUACAUACUUCACUCAUCCAAACGAGCCUCCACUUGGAUACCCUGAAGGCUUCCAAGGAACUUCUAUACCCGUCCAUGGUCCAGCUGUUGCCAAACUUAUUGAAGAUCGGCUCGACGGUCGACUGUGA